UGAUCUGCAUGGGUCUACUGUGGAAUACUCAUUUCACCUGGUCAUUUCCAACCCCUCAAGUAUACCAACUGCAUACGAGCAGACAUUCCCAGAUAGGCACCUAUUUUAAACGUAGUAAAAGCAGUUAUGGCGGCCGCAAAGUUGCUGAACUCUUUGCCCUUCAUUUCUUGUGUACCUCUGGCUUUCUAUCGCAUCACGUUCUAACCCAAGCCCCAACUCGCGUCCGGAAGCGGUGAAUAUAUAAGGAAUAAGAAGACAGGAGCCAGAAUACAGCGAUGGACGGCACUAACCAUUCGGUACCAUGGCCGGGUCGUAGGGAUCCAGGACCAAGCCCGCAAGCUGUCGGCCACCGUGGGUACAGUGCUGCCUACCCGGAGAACACCAUGGCUGCGUUUCGGAGCGCCGUAGAUAUCGGUGCGGAUGCGCUCGAGACCGACUUGCGGCUCUCCAAAGAUGGAAUCGUCGUAUUGUCGCAUGACCCUUCGUUGAAGCGCUGUUUCGGUGACGCUCGUAAGGUGGCAGAGUGUAAUUGGGAUGAGCUGAGCAAGCUCCAAACACUACGGGAGCCAAGGCAACCCAUGCCUCGCCUACUUGAUUUAUUCGAGUACCUCGCGCAACAGGAACAGGAGCGCAUAUGGGUGCUGUUAGAUAUUAAGCCGAGCGACAACAUGAACGAGCUGUUAAGCUGUAUAGCGCGCACUAUAGAAAGCGUCCCUACAGUAGGCCGCCCGUGGAACGAGCGCAUCAUGCUUGGUCCCUGGACUGCAGAGUGUGUGGCUAGUUACCUCAGACACCUACCAGGAUUUCCAAUUGCUCUAAUCGCCUUCUCGCCGCCAUAUACAACAGCGAUGCUACAGGUUCCCAACCUGAACUUCAACCUACUUAACUAUACUUUCGCAACGACGCGUGGUUCGCGCUUCUUGCGUGAAGCUAAGCAGCGUGGCCGCUUCAUAUUGUCUUGGACGAACAAUGAAGCUGAGUGGAUGGCGCGAAGUCUACGCGACGAGAUCGAUGCUGUGAUCACCGACGACCUUAAGAAGUUUCUUGAGAUUCGCGGCCAGCCACGCUCUAAAGAGAUGCAGCUUGUUGCUAAGUGGAGCGUGAAGGAAACCAGUUUCUGGAUCCUUAUUAACAUACUCGCUUGGGGGUUUGAGACAUUCUCAAGCGUUAUGAAGGGCUCGCCACAAGCCCAGGUGAAGAAAGAACUAGGCGUUUGAUACUACUUUCCUCGUGAACUUUUGUUUUGCAAUUAGACUUUGAAGAGCCGCCUUGACUCUAGAAGUAAACGCUCGCCUACUUGGCCCAAGCAUAGAAAUCCGUCUCACAACGAAGCGACUCUCCUCAAUUGACUUUGUAAUAUCCGAUCUAGCUAUUCCGCAAUAUUGAACGCCCAUCUUGCUGCUCCAUCCUGCAAUCAUCCAGAACAACUUGAUGAAUAGAGUCUCUUAAUUUCUACCUCUUAUCCGCUCCGCUAUAUAAGCAUGCCUUGAACCCUUUAUUUAUUACUCUUGUUUAGAAUACCGUAGCCUGCUGCGUCUCAAUCAUACUGGAGGUGGUAAUGGUAAGGCAUCUUUCAUUGCACAGCCCAGAUUAGUGUAUCCAAUCAGACCAGCAGAAUUACGGCAUAGGCAACUACAAACACAGCCUCUAUCGGGUGUACCCCAAGACGUUUAU